UUUGCUACCACAAAAGGAUAUCCUGUUAUAUUCUUUCUCCUCCAUUAUGGGCGCCAACAUCCAGCUCGGGACUGUGCUGUGAGCGACUGGAGCUUUUGGAGCGGUUGUGCCAAGCCCUGCCAGCCUUCAGAGCGGGUCCGUGUUCGUCACGUAGAGCAGCAGGCCGGCAACAGUGGAGAGCUCUGUCCCAGUCUAGAGCAACGAAGCGGCUGCAGGGAGUACCGAGACCGCCAGGGGGGCCGCUGUGGACAGCUCUCAGGCCCUGCAUUCAUCACCAGCAUGGAGUUUGGCAAGCGGAGGCCGAAGCGUGACCACUACGGAGACCCACUGGACCCUGGGUUCUGUGUUGAAUUCAAACUGGAGUCCCGGACGCCCCACUGUACAGUGGAGAACCGGCCACACACACACUGGAUGCGCUACAUAACCGAAGGAUUUAAAGUGUGUGUGGCGUGUGAACCUCCUGCCAUGCACAACAAUAGUGGCAGCUGCCAAGGAGACGGCCUGGAAUCAGACAAAGAAGCGUUGCUCCACUGGCAGGCGGUGGGGAACCACCAGUGCAGCGGGACAUGGAAGAAGAUCCAGAAAAGCCAGCGGUGCAACUGUCCGCCACAACACAGCUUCGUCUUCAUCUGACCGGAACGUUCUCCGAUCUGGUGUCCACAAUAACAUUUCACAGCGUCAGCGAGACUGAAAUACAGUAUUCAGAUCAGAUGCUUCAAAAGGUGUUCAACUCUAGGGAGAGACUUAAGACUUGACUGUGGUGCAAUGCAAUGUUGUCUCUAAUAUACACUACCGUUCAAAAGUUUGGGAUCACCCAGACAAUUUCGUGUCUUCCAUGAAAAAUCACACUUUUAUUUAUCAAAUGAAUAUAAAAUAGUCAAGACAUUGACAAGGUUAGAAAUAAUGAUUUUGUUCUACAAACUUCAAGCUCAAAGGAAGGCCAGUUGUAUAGCUUAUAUCACCAGCAUAACUGUUUUCAGCUGUGCUAACAUAAUUGCACGGGUUUUCUAAUCAGAUAUUAGUCUUCUAAGGCGAUGAGCAAACACAAUGUAUUAGAACACUGGAGUGAUCGUUGCUGUAAAUGGGCCUCUAUACACCUAUGGAGAUAUUUCAUUAGAAACCAGAC